AUGGACUCAACGACGUGGUUCAAUCUCUUCAUCAUCUACUUCCUCUGGCGCUAUGUCCGACUCAUUGUCAACCUGUGGGCGUUCUGGACUUUCAAGCCGAUCCCCAUCCCAGAAAAUCCCACUCUUUGGCCUUCAGAUGUCACGGUCAUCUUGCCUACCCUGGACGGCGAAGGAGAGGAGCUGGAGAGAACCAUUGCCUCGAUCAUGGAGAACGAGCCCAAGGAGUUGAUUCUGGUUACGAUCGACGAGAACUUGGCCAAGGCAGAGCGGACCAUGGGGAAGAUGCCGGCGGCUAAGUACCACCGCAUCCGUUGCAUGUCGGUCAAACAUGCCAACAAGAGACGGCAAAUGGCUCGAGCCAUCCCCGAAGUCACCACCGAGAUCAUUGUCUUUGCCGACGACGACGUCACGUGGCCCCGUCGGACUCUCCAGUGGAUGCUGGCCCCGUUCGAGGACAAGAAAUAUGGAGGAGUGGUCACCUGUCAGCGGCUGCGGCGGGCCGAGAAUCCCACCUUCUCUCAGCGUAUCUAUGGUUUCCUAGGAGCACUCUACCUGGAGCGCCGAAAUUUCGACUGUGCGUCCACCACUCACAUGGACGGGGGGGUUCCAUGCUUGUCUGGGCGUACCUGUGCCUAUCGGACAUCCAUCCUCCAGGACGUAAAUUUCACCAACGGAUUCACAAAUGAGAAGUGGUGGUUUGGCCAAUUCCAGCUCAACGCUGAUGACGAUAAUUUCCUUACGCGCUGGAUGGUCAAUCAUCGGCACGAAACCUACAUGCAAUACCAUCCCGAAUGUGAAGUGCUUACCACACUCGAAGACAACCCAAAAUUCCUCAAACAAUGUUUGAGGUGGGCUCGCAGUAAUUGGCGCAGCAAUCUCACCAGCAUGUUCGCUGAACGUCGUAUUUGGCUUCAACAACCGUACAGCACGUACGCAGUCCACGUCACGACUUUGAUGCCGCCUGCCAUCAUCGGGGAUGGACUUCUCUGGCUCUGUUUGUGCAAAGGCAUUCGUGACUGGCCUGUCGACCAAGCCAGGACUGCCAUCUAUGCCUUUGCCGCUUGGAUGACAUUCUCCAAGUUCAUCAAGCUGGUGACUCACUUCGUGCGCUACCCUGUCGACAUCUUCCUGUGGCCAGUGUCUAUCCUCUUCGGAUGGUUUCAUGGAGCCAUCAAGGUCUACGCUGUAGUCACAUUGGGCGUGACCACUUGGGGCAGUCGACCCAACGCUGACGCCAGCGACGCUGGAAGAAUGAUCCGCCAAAAGAAACCACCUUUCUAUGAAAUUGGAGACGAAAAGUUGCAAGAAAAGCUUCUACCUAACGACGAGAUGAUGACCUACGCCAACGACCAGAAACACUACCAACCUCCCUCCGCAUAA